AUGUCGUCCCCUCCUACCAAUAAACGUAUCAAGACAUCCGCACCUGUCAACCCGCCAGCUCAACUGCUAGCUCAGCAACCACUCCAUCCUUUUCAUCAACAAGUGGCUACAUUCGAGGGCAUUCCUAUGCCCCAACCUCAGAUCCCUCCCUCAAAUCCACGCAAGCGCCGUGCCUCCCCCCAGUCAACGCCUGCGACGAACAUGGCGGCGCCAAUGUCCACCACUGCGCCGGGGGACCUGGCGCAGGACCAUGGAGGCGCAGCGCCUGAGGCUACCCCUCGAAAGAAGGGCCGGACAAAUACGCCGUGGACAGCUGAGGAAGAGCAGCGGCUGAAGACGAUGCGCGACGCGGGUCGCAGCUGGAGUGAAAUCGCCAAGACGUUCCCCACUCGCACUGAGGGAAGUGUGAAGAAGCACUGGUAUAAGGAUAUGCAUUAUGCCGAGUUUGCAGAAGACGAGAGAAAUGCACUCCGGGACGCGAUCAAGGAAUACGAGUCCAACAAAUGGAAAGUCAUCGGGCAGAAGGUUGGCAAGCCGGCAAAGGCCUGCGAACAGUAUGCGAAAGAGCACUUUAAGGAAACCUAG